AUGCAGUGGGAAGCCACUGCCUUUGGCCGUCCAGUUCUUGCCCUCGUGGUUGUUGCUUCUCUGGCACUUUUUCCUGUGUUCUUAAUCCCUUCCAGCCCUUCCAUGUGGUUGGCUGGGAUGAUUUUUGGAUAUGGAAUUGGGUUUGUUAUAAUCAUGGUUGGAACAACUAUUGGGAUGAUCCUCCCCUAUUUUAUUGGACUGCUAUUCAGUGACCGCAUUCAUCAAUGGUUAAAGAAAUGGCCCCAGAAAGCUGAAAUGAUUAGACUGGCUGGAGAAGGAAGCUGGUUCCAUCAAUUCCAAGUGGUUGCUCUCUUUAGGGUUUCACCAUUUCCAUACACAAUUUUCAACUAUGCAAUUGUGGUAACAAGUAUGAAGUUUUGGCCCUACUUAUGUGGAUCAAUUGCCGGAAUGGUCCCAGAAGCUUUCAUUUAUAUCUAUAGUGGUCGGUUGAUAAGGACAUUAGCAGAUGCAAAGUAUGGGAACCUUCACCUGACUCUGGUCGAAAUCAUAUACAACAUUAUCUCCUUC